GUGUGUGUGUGUGUGUGUGUGUGUGUGUGUGUGUGUGUGUGUGUGUGUGUGUGUGCCAAACCAUUUACAUUGAAUUUUACUUGGUUUCACUGUAUACAUUCUUAAUUUCUUUCCUGUUGCUUCAAAUCACUUUUUUGGCAAUGGAAUUUUUUUUUUUCUUUUUUCACUUUACAAUUAAUUGAUUUUUGGAAUGUGGGCCAGCAUUUAUCCUAUUUUUAAUAUGCCAUACAGUCUCAGCUUCUAAUCCCAUGAUUGUUGUUGUUCAGAGGAGAUUAUCUAAUAUUCUAUAAAAAGGUAAGUACUGUACAAAGACUCAUUUUUGUGCUUUAAGCUACAAAUGUUGAAUGUUGGAUAUUUUUUUAAACCAGUUGUAAUAUUCAGUUCUGCCCAGUAACCAGUAUGUAAAGUCAACAUACGUUUCUGUUCCCUUGCAAUCCAGCUCUCAGAAUGAGGAAGUGCUUUGAAUUGAGAUAAAAACAGGUUCUACAAGGCUGUAUAUACUGUACUGUACAGUAUACUGUAUACUGUAUAACGUAGGUUUUUAUCCUCUGCUGUUCAAUACCUUAUCAGGGUAAGAAGUUUUUUAUAAUUUAUUUUUCUUGGUGGAUCCUAGCACCAGAUUGUGAAAGAUGAAUAGAUGUAUUAAAUAAAUAUAGAUAUGGGAUAAGAAUGUUUUAUAUACAAACAUGAAACAAAGCUCCUUGCAAGAAAAUGACUUCAGUAGAAUAGUAGCACAAGUGAUCACAAAUAAAACCCAAUGUACAAGUUUGGAGGAAUUUACAAAUUGUGUUAACACAACCAGGUUGGAUUUUAUUAUUCAAUACAGAAAUAAGCCUUUUGAACGUUAAUUUUAAAGGCUAAUAAAUGUAUUUAGUGUGUAGUUAAUGGCUUUAAUGAAUAUAUCUCAGUCUAAUUUUUUUAUUUUUUUAUUUUUAUACCUCGUCAGAAGUCACCAUGAGGACACUGGAUGAAAUAGACCAGCUGAAGCAGACUAGGUUCGGUCAGCAUCAGAAAAGUCAUGGCCUAAAGCUGCUGUACUGGUUUGCUAAAGACUGUCUCACUGUUGCUCAGAACAAUGCUUUGCAAUUGCGUUGUUAUCCUGUGAAUGGAGAUUUUGGGUUCCACCCAUUUGAGAACAGGUAUGAAAGAAAUGGUGAGAAACUUCUGCCUGAUGUGACAUUCCCUUACUAUGAGUUGGGAAAUCUGAGCAAACCAGCAGCGUCUAACCUGCCUCUUUAUGUCCGGGAACAUUAUAGAAGCAACAACAAGAUGAGUAACAAGGACCGCAUCAUAGUCGGAAUUAACAAGAAGCUGUUGAAAACACUUUUUGUUACUGAGCACAUUGAUCGGUCAAAUUUCGACAAACAUGCCACCUACCAAAUCAGCAGACGCCUUAUUAUGAUUAUCCGGGGUCUGAGCUUAGACGACUUUCUUCUGAGAAUCACAUCAGCCACCGAGACUUCAAGAAACCAAGACACUCGUGUGAUAAUUGAGGGCAAUGAUGAAUCUACCAGCAUGGUUGGUGCACCGAGUCGUUGCAGCUGUACCAUACUUUAGAAAAAAAGCUGGGGAUCACAUUUGGCUUAAAUCUCUCAAUAUAGCAAAUUAUCUUUCAUCAAUAAAAUGUGUAUAAUUAUAUUAUAUGGUUUAUUUGAGUAGUUUUAGAGUUUAACAAGUUUUAGAGCUUAUUUAAUUUUCAGAAUAAUUGAAAUGAAUCUGACUUUCUUCACUUAUGAUAUACGGUACACCUGUCUGUUCUUAGCUUCUGAUGUUCUGUACUUGUUCUGGUUUUCUCCUAUCUUAGUUUUAGCUAUUAUCUAAUUAUCUAAUAUCUUGUGGUGUUUGCGGUUAGAGAAGAAUUACACUGUGCUGUCAUGUAUAUGUGGUGGUAAUAGGAAAGGUUUCUAUGCCUCAAUUUCAUACACACAUCAUUAUAAAAAAAACAAAAACUAAAUAAACUGUCUCUUUUAUUAUAACUUGGCUCUUGGUCUC